CCAGCUCACGGCCCAAGCGGCUUCCUGUCCCCACGCACCUCCUCCGCUCCUCCGUCAGUUCAGGAUUCCGGAGGGACCCACCCUCCGGGUGACCACGGCGCUUCAUUUCACGCACACCGGGGUGCAUAAUGGCAGAAAGUGUGUCUCCACUGAAGCACUUUGUGCUGGCAAAGAAGGCCAUCACUGCGAUCUUUGGCCAGUUGCUGGAGUUUGUUACUGAAGGAUCACAGUUUAUUGAAGCAACUUACAGGAAUCCUGAACUUGAUAGAGUAGCCACUGAGGAUGAUCUGGUGGAAAUACAAGGCUACAGAAACAAGCUUGCCGUCAUUGGGGAGGUGCUAUCGCGGAGACAUAUGAAAGUGGCAUUUUUUGGCAGGACGAGUAGUGGCAAGAGCUCUGUCAUCAAUGCAAUGCUGUGGGAUAAAGUUCUCCCUAGCGGGAUUGGCCACACAACCAACUGCUUCCUGAGUGUUGAGGGAACCGAUGGAGAUAAAGCCUACCUUAUGACCGAAGGGUCAGAUGAAAAGAAAAGUGUGAAGACAGUUAAUCAGCUGGCGCAUGCUCUCCAUAUGGACAAAGACUUGAAAGCUGGCUGCCUCGUGCAUGUAUUUUGGCCCAAAGCAAAAUGUGCCCUCUUGAGAGAUGACCUGGUUUUAGUAGACAGCCCAGGUACAGAUGUUACCACAGAGCUGGAUAUCUGGAUUGAUAAGUUCUGCCUCGAUGCUGAUGUCUUUGUUUUGGUUGCAAACUCAGAAUCCACACUGAUGAACACGGAGAAACAUUUUUUCCAUAAAGUGAAUGAGCGGCUCUCCAAACCAAACAUUUUCAUUCUGAACAAUCGUUGGGAUGCUUCUGCCUCAGAGCCGGAGUAUAUGGAGGAUGUGCGCAGACAACACAUGGAAAGAUGCCUUCACUUCUUGGUAGAAGAGCUCAAAGUUGUGAGUCCUUUGGAAGCUCGGAAUCGGAUCUUUUUUGUUUCAGCCAAGGAAGUUCUCAACUCCCGAAAACAUAAAGCCCAGGGGUUGCCAGAAGGUGGUGGGGCACUGGCUGAAGGAUUUCAGGCAAGAUUACAAGAGUUUCAGAAUUUUGAACAGACUUUUGAGGAGUGUAUCUCGCAGUCAGCAGUGAAAACAAAGUUUGAACAGCACACUAUCAGAGCUAAACAGAUACUAGACACUGUGAAAAACAUAUUGGACUCAGUAAACGUGGCAGCAGCAGAGAAGAGGGUUUAUUCAAUGGAAGAGAGGGAAGACCAAAUUGAUAGACUGGACUUCAUCCGAAACCAGAUGAACCUCCUAACACUAGAUGUUAAGAAGAAAAUCAAGGAGGUCACAGAGGAGGUGGCCAACAAGGUUUCUUGUGCAAUGACAGAUGAAAUUUGUCGACUGUCUGUUUUGGUUGAUGAGUUUUGUUCUGAAUUUCAUCCUACCCCCAGUGUACUGAAAGUGUAUAAGAGUGAAUUAAAUAAGCACAUAGAAGAUGGUAUGGGAAGAAACUUGGCUGAUCGGUGCACCAAUGAAGUCAAUGCCUCGAUGCUUCAAUCUCAACAAGAAAUUAUUGAAAACUUGAAGCCAUUACUUCCAGCUGGUAUACAGAGUAAGCUUCAUACACUAAUACCUUGCAAAAAAUUUGAUCUCAGCUAUGAUCUCAAUUGCCACAAGUUGUGUUCAGAUUUUCAAGAGGACAUUGUGUUUCGAUUUUCCCUGGGCUGGUCUUCCCUUGUGCAUCGGUUCCUGGGCUCCACAAAUGCACAGAGGGUGCUGCUUGGGCUCUCAGAGCCUGUCUUUCAGCUCCCUAGAUCUUUGGCUUCAACUCCCACUGCUUCUCCUAACCCAGCAACCCCAGAUGGUGCAGCUCAGGAAGAGCUCAUGAUCACCUUGAUCACAGGAUUGGCAUCUCUCACAUCUAGAACCUCAAUGGGCAUCUUAGUUGUUGGGGGAGUGAUUUGGAAAACAGUGGGCUGGAAACUCAUCUCUGUUGCCUUAAGUACGUAUGGAGCUUUGUAUCUUUAUGAAAGGCUGACCUGGACUACCCGCGCAAAAGAGAGAGCAUUUAAGCAGCAGUUUGUGAACUAUGCAACCGAAAAGCUGCAGAUGAUUGUGAGCUUCACAAGUGCAAACUGCAGCCACCAAGUCCAGCAAGAAAUGGCUACCACUUUUGCUAGACUGUGCCAACAAGUUGAUGUUACUCAAAAACAUUUGGAAGAAGAAAUUGCUAAAUUAUCCAAAGAAAUAGAUCAGCUGGAGAAAAUACAAAACAACUCAAAGCUCUUACGAAAUAAAGCCAUUCAACUUGAACGUGAGCUGGAGAAUUUUUCGAAUCAGUUUCUGCACUCAAGCAAUGAAGAAUCUUAACAAAGGCUGCUGUGCUGAUCGCAGUGGAGGAAGCGGACUUGGAAGAAGGGGAGAACUAUUUUUAUGAAAUAACCUCAGUAUGAAUUACUACUCUGCGUACCGAUGCCUUGCAGAGACUGUGGUAAUGACCUGUCUUGGGGGGGCACACUUUUUGAAGUGUCGCAAUAACAUCAUUAGCUGUAGUUUAAAGACUGAACUGUUGGGUUAAAUGAUGGAUUCCUUUAGAAUCAGUGGAACCAGCUGUGCAGCCUCUGAGGGGUCCUGCGACACUUAACCAGGGCUUUCUGUCUUUGAUUCUGAAUAACUGCUUCCUGGCAUCCAGGAGUUAGAGAUCUUUUCAUCUUCCAUCACUAGUUCUUGAUGCCUUCUUUAAUGGGAAUAUGGAAUUUCUUUAUCAGAUGAUUUGUUCACACCAGGGAGUGUGGGCUGCUCCUGGGUUUCGCCCUCACAGCAAGGAUGUAACCAUCACUACACAGUUUUAUCCUCAUUAAAACUCAUGUGAAAUCA